UGCCUAAGUAGUAAACUUAUGCCCUGGCAGUGAAAUUCAUGGGGCUAAUUAAAACAGACACAUGGUGGCUGGCAUCUUCAGUGCUCUGACUCUUGAACAAGAACCAGGCAAAGCAACAGUAAUACAUGUUGAAGGGAAGGAAACUUUCAGGGCAUGAUUCUCUCCCGUGGCAGUGCUGCUGAACGUUGCUGUUGUUUUGGGGCACCCUGCUUAAACUUGUGGCUGACAUUUCAGCGGACGAAGGUGGCGGAGGCGGCCAGGGCGCGACCGGGUCGGGAAGACGGAGAGAGCGCGGAGCGGCAGCUCCUCCCCCGCCACACCCGGUGCGGCAGGAAGAGGAACAGCCGCGCCCAGCUCGCGCCAGCCUCGGCCCAGCGCAGCACCAUGGCGGCGGAGGAGGUGGACGGGCUGGCCGUGUCCCGGCCCCACUAUGGCUCUGUCUUGGAUAAUGAGAGAUUAACAGCAGAGGAAAUGGAUGAAAGACGACGCCAGAAUGUAGCCUAUGAAUACCUCUGUCAUCUGGAGGAAGCAAAGAGAUGGAUGGAGGCCUGUUUGAAUGAGGAGCUGCCUGCCACAACAGAGCUGGAAGAAGGAUUGAGAAAUGGAGUCUACCUGGCCAAACUUGGAAACUUUUUCUCCCCUAAGGUGGUUUCUGUGAAAAAAAUCUAUGAUAGGGAACAGACUAGAUAUAAGGCAACUGGUCUCCACUUCCGACACACAGACAAUGUAAUCCAGUGGCUGAAUGCCAUGUCUGAGAUUGGUCUCCCCAAGAUAUUCUACCCAGAAACUACAGAUAUCUAUGAUCGCAAGAACAUGCCACGCUGUAUCUAUUGUAUUCAUGCACUCAGCCUGUACCUUUUCAAACUGGGUCUUGCCCCCCAGAUUCAGGAUUUAUAUGGCAAGGUAGACUUCACAGAGGAGGAAAUCAGUAAUAUGAGACUUGAACUGGAGAAGUAUGGUAUUCAGAUGCCUGCCUUCAGCAAGAUUGGAGGAAUUCUAGCAAAUGAGCUUUCUGUGGAUGAAGCAGCAUUACAUGCUGCUGUCAUUGCCAUUAAUGAAGCAAUUGACCGUCAGGUUCCAGCUGACACUCUUAUGGCAAUGAAGAACCCUAAUGCCAUGCUAAUAAAUCUCGAUGAUCAACUGGAAUCCACUUACCAAGACACACUCUACAGAGCAAAGCAAGACAAGAUGGAGAAUGCUAAAAAUAGGAUUGCCUCAGAAAGUUCAGAUAGAGAGAGAGAUGUGUAUGAAGAACUUCUGACUCAAGCUGAGAUUCAGGGAAACAUCAAUAAAGUGAACACACAUGCAGCCUUAUCAAAGAUUGACCUAGCUUUGGAACGAGGAGAUGCAUUAGCACUGUAUGAAGCUUUGGCAACACCAGCCCUGGCACUCCGAGGAUUGCUACGAGAAAAUUGUGACUGGUAUUUCAAGCAGUUUUUGAGUGAUAGGCAACAGAAACAGGAGGCUGGCCUUACAGGUCCUCUGCAGAAGGAAGAGUUGCAGUUGGGAGUGGAUGCUGCUAACAGGGCAGCACAACAGUACCAGCAAAAACUGGCAGCAGUAGCCAGAAUUAAUUCAGCAAUUCGAAUGGGUGAUGCUGAGAAGACUGUGGCAGAAAUGAUGAAUCCAGAGGCCCAGUUACCAGAGGUCUAUGCAUUUGCUGCAGAUCUUUACCAAAGGGAGCUGGCUACCUUACAGCAACAGAGCCCUGAAGGUAACCUCACCCAUCCAGAACUGUCUGUUGCUGUUGAGAUGCUGUCUUCUGUGGCCCUGAUUAAUAGAGCUUUGGAUUCAAGGGAUGUGAAUACAGUGUGGAAACAACUGAGCAGUCCUGUCACAGGGCUUACAAACAUUGAGGAUGAGAACUCACAGAGAUACAUCGAUGAUUUGAUGAAGCUGAAGGCUCAAACAAAUGCAAAAGGAAAUGAAUUUAUCACGUGGAAUGAUAUCCAGUCAUGUGUUGAUCAUGUGAACAAAGUUGUGCAUGAAGAACACGAAAGGAUUUUGGCAAUUGGUCUUAUCAAUGAAGCUCUGGAUGAAGGGGACAGCAAGAAGACUAUUCGAGCCUUACAGAUUCCUGCAGCAAAAUUGGAGGGUGUAGCCCCAAAGGUAGCACAGCAUUAUCAGGAUACGCUACUUCGAGCCAAGCGAGAGAAAGCACAGGACACACAGGAUGAAACAGCUGUACUUUGGCUAGAUGAAAUUCAGGAUGGGAUUCAUAAGGCUAACAAGGACACAGAGGAGUCCGAGAGAUUCUCCUUAGGAAUUCUGGCCAUUAAUGAAGCAGUAGAUCAUGGUGAUGUUAGCCAGACCCUGAGUACCUUGCGUUCACCUGAUGUGGGACUAUAUGGAGUCACUCCAGAAUGUGCUCAGACGUACCAGCGAGAGCUGUCAGAAGUCAAGAGAAGAAAAAUGGCAGCAGGAGGCAAUGGCAGUGAAUGGGUGAAACACUGGGUGAGAGGAGGCUAUCAUUAUUAUCAUAACCUGCGGACCAAAGAGGGAGGAUGGGAUGAACCAGCAGAAUUUGUGCAAAAUGACACACAGCUGUCACGGGAGGAAAUACAGAGCACUAUAUCUGGAGUCACUGCAGCAUACAACCGAGAGCAGUUGUGGCUGGCCAAUGAGAACCUGAUUAUGAAACUUCAGGCUUGCUGUCGAGGGUAUCUUGUUCGCCAGGAAUUCAACUCAAGAAUGAAUUUUUUGAAGAAACAAGUCCCAGCAAUCACUUGCAUUCAGUCUCAGUGGCGCGGCUACAAGCAAAGGAAGGCAUAUCAAAGCCGUUUGGAUUACCUGCGAGCACAAAAGGACCAAGUAGUAAAGAUUCAAUCAAUGACCAGGAUGUAUCAAGCCAGAAGACGUUACAGAGAUCGUCUGCAGUAUUUCAGAAACCAUAUAAAUGAUGUUGUAAAAAUCCAGGCCUUCAUCCGAGCGAACAAAGCACGAGAAGACUACAAAACCCUCAUUAAUGCUGAAAACCCACCUAUGACUGUUGUUCGGAAAUUUGUCCAUUUGCUCGAUCAGAGUGACCAAGAUUUUCAGGAGGAGCUUGAGCUAAUGAAACUGCGUGAGGAAGUUGUAACCUUGAUCCGAUCCAAUCAGCAAUUGGAAAAUGACCUCAAUCUCAUGGACAUCAAAAUUGGGCUGCUAGUGAAAAACAAAAUUACAUUGCAGGAUGUUGUUUCUCACAGCAAAAAACUUACCAAGAAGAACAAGGAACAGCUCUCUGACAUGAUGAUGCUGAACAAACAAAGAGGAGGUUUGAAAGCAUUGAGCAAAGAGAAGAGAGAAAAGCUGGAAGCCUAUCAGCAUCUGUUCUACCUACUUCAGACUAAUCCAACCUACUUGGCCAAGCUGAUUUUUCAGAUGCCUCAAAACAAAUCCACAAAGUUCAUGGAUUCUGUCAUCUUCACGCUGUAUAACUAUGCAUCCAAUCAAAGAGAGGAAUACCUGUUGUUGCGACUUUUCCAAACAGCACUGCAGGAAGAGAUCAAAUCAAAAGUAGACCAGAUACAUGAAAUUGUGACUGGGAAUCCUACUGUUAUUAAGAUGGUGGUAAGUUUCAACCGUGGUGCUCGCGGUCAGAAUGCCUUGAGGCAGAUCCUGGGACCGGUUGUGAAGGAAAUAAUUGAUGACAAAUCACUUAAUAUCAAAACUGAUCCGGUGGAUAUUUACAAGUCGUGGGUUAACCAGAUGGAGUCUCAAACUGGAGAGGCCAGCAAACUGCCCUACGAUGUUACGUCUGAACAAGCACUAAGUCACGAAGAGGUGAGGAUGCGCCUGGAUGCCUCAAUCAGAAAUAUGAGGACAGUGACAGACAAGUUCCUGUCUGCCAUAGUUAGUUCAGUGGACAAAAUCCCUUAUGGAAUGCGUUUCAUUGCUAAGGUCCUGAAAGACUCCCUGCACGAGAAGUUUCCUGAUGCUGGCGAGGAUGAGCUUCUGAAGAUUGUUGGCAACUUACUCUAUUAUCGCUACAUGAAUCCAGCCAUUGUCGCACCAGAUGCAUUUGACAUCAUUGACCUUUCAGCUGGAGGUCAGCUGACCACAGAUCAACGUAGAAACCUUGGUUCCAUUGCAAAGAUGUUGCAGCAUGCUGCAUCCAAUAAGAUGUUCAUGGGAGACAAUGCUCAUCUAAGCAUCAUUAAUGAAUACCUGUUGCAGUCAUACCAGAAAUUCAGACGUCUUUUUCAGGCUGCCUGUGAGGUUCCUGAAUUGCAGGAUAAGUUUAAUAUUGAUGAAUAUUCUGACCUGGUGACUCUCACUAAACCGGUUAUUUAUAUUUCUAUUGGUGAAAUCAUCAAUACACACACUUUGCUCUUAGACCAUCAAGAUGCAAUUGCUCCUGAGCACAAUGAUCCGAUUCACGAGCUUCUGGACGAUCUCGGAGAGGUUCCUACAAUUGAGUCCUUAAUAGGGGAAGGGUCUGGCAAUGUUAAUGACCCCAGCAGGGAAAUGCUAGCAAAGACUGAGGUUUCUCUCACACUCACUAACAAAUUUGAUGUUCCUGGUGAUGAGAAUGCAGAGGUGGAUGCAAGAACAAUUCUGUUGAACACAAAACGUUUAAUUGUUGAUGUAAUCCGCUUCCAACCAGGGGAGACGCUGACCGAAAUCUUGGAAACUUCAGCUACCUCAGAGCAAGAAGCGGACCAUCAUAGAGCUAUGCAGAAACGGGCCAUUCGUGAUGCUAAGACUCCUGAUAAGAUGAAAAAAUCUGUCUCUGUAAAGGAAGAUGGCAACUUGAAUCUUCAAGAAAAAAAAGAUAAAAUCAAGGCAGGCCUGAAGAAGUUGACAGAACUGGGGACAGUGAAUGCCAAAAAUAAAUACCAGGAACUAAUCAAUGACAUUGCAAAGGAUAUCAGAAAUCAGCGUAGAUACCGUCAGAGAAGAAAGGCGGAGCUGGUGAAGCUGCAGCAGACAUACAGUGCCUUGAACUCCAAAGCUACAUUUUAUGGGGAACAAGUAGAUUAUUACAAAAGUUACAUAAAAACCUGCUUGGAUAACCUGGCCAGCAAGGGCAAAGUCUCCAAGAAACCUCGUGAGAUGAAAGGCAAAAACAGUAAAAAGAUUUCUCUAAAAUAUACAGCAGCUAGACUUCAUGAGAAGGGAGUGCUUUUAGAGAUUGAGGACCUGCAAGGUAACCAGUUUAAAAAUGUGAUCUUUGAAAUAAGCCCGACAGAAGAAGUAGGAGAUUUUGAGGUAAAAGCAAAAUUCAUGGGGGUACAAAUGGAAACCUUUAUGUUACAUUAUCAGGAUCUUUUGCAGCUGCAGUAUGAAGGUGUUGCUGUCAUGAAGUUGUUCGACAGAGCAAAAGUGAAUGUCAAUCUUCUGAUCUUUCUUCUGAAUAAGAAAUUUUAUGGGAAGUAACCGACUUCUGCUGGCAACUCCUCCGCGAAAGGGGAAACAAAUAGAAACCUGCACGUACAACUUUUAAUGAUGUAGCUAUGUAUCAGUAUAUGCCCACGCUGUGCUAUAAAUAUAUCAAAUGUAUCAUGAAGGAGGACUAAGAACCUCUUGUGAAUUGACAGCCCUGAUUGAGUCUGCAGGGAGUUGAUUUCCUUUUUAUUUAUAAUCUUUAUCUUCAACUUCGAAGAUCCCCUUUAAAGAGGUUGUUCUAGAAUGUAUUUUUACAUGGGGUUAGGGAUUAAACUAAUACUAGAAUAUACUUAGGGCAUUUGUAUGCUUUAUUUGACUAAUUGUGUCAAAUAAAUUCUUAGUGCCAUUUUGGCACUAAGACCAAAAGUGGUCUGUUUGCCUCUUCCUGAAAGCAAAAAAAGGGUUGCAGGUUGUAUUUGGGCUCCAAUUAUUCUCAAGCAGCAAUGACCAAAAUAAAACAUGCUUGAGGUUCAGGUUACUCACUUGUUUGUGAGCUGGCAUUGGUAGAGAUGGCAGCGGCCACUUGCCAAGAUAGAACUACUGUGACUGGGGGAAUCAGUAGGUGUCAAAAAUAGUUACUGAACUAGUCCUGAUUAUGUACUACAGCCACAUAGAACAGCUUCAGUGUCUCAUUUUUCUUCAUUUGCUUCUGUUUAUCACACUGUAAUAAUUUACAAGUGGCCGCUUAAGUGGAGGUAUUGUGGAAUGUAUUUACUAGUGCUUACAGAUAAAAAGAAGCUUCUUGGGGAAGGGAAGGAAGCUUAAAAAAUUUCUUGAGACAUGUUAACUUUUAAUGUUGCUUGUAAAGCAUUUGAAAUGUAAAAAUAACUUUUGUUUUCCAGUUUAGAGCAAUAUUCUAUAUAUCUGUGUCUGAUGCAAUAAACAUUAGGCUCUACCUGCAGACUUGUCAAAGGAAGACUAUCUCAAAUAGUUUAGCCUUUAAAAAAGUUAAUUUUUUCCAA